GUCCUCGGCCCUGAGGGCGGGCGUUGAGCUCCCUGUGGGCGCUCCUACGGCAGAGCUGGAAGCGGCCGCCCCUGCUCGCUGAGCGGGGCCGGCGGUAACGCGUGUGGCUGAGCUCGACACCACUAUGGCUGCUGCAGUGAACAUGGAGCUUGAUCCUAUUUUUCUGAAAGCCCUGGGCUUCUUGCGUUCCAAGAGCAAGGAUUCUGCAGAAAAGCUGAAAGCACUUCUUGAUGACUCUUUGGCCAGAGGAGCUGAUUCAAGUUAUCGUCCAUCUCAGAAGGAAGUAGAGCAACCAAAAGUGUGUGUUACCAAGCCUGUUUCUAGUAAGCAAGACCCUAAAGCCUCUUCUAGUUUGCCUUCUGGUAACAACAAUGGCAAGCCUAAUGCAUCAGAAAAGGUGAAAAAAGAAACAGAAAAGAGAUCUGCUGAUAAAAUGAAAGGGGAGGCUGCUGAAGGAGGUGAUGUGCCAAAGAAGCCCAGACUCGAGAAGCAAGAGGCUCGUUCCUCUCCUAUUACGGUUCAGACAAGUAAAGAUUUAUCCAUGCCUGAUUUAUCUAACUUUGAGGAAACCAGUGCUGAUGACUUUGCUAUGGAAAUGGGUUUGGCCUGUGUUGUUUGCAGGCAAAUGACAGUUAUUUCUGGGAAUCAGCUUGUAGAGUGUCAGGAGUGCCAUAAUCUCUACCACCAGGAUUGCCAUAAACCUCAGGUGACAGACAAGGAAGUGAAUGAUCCUCGACUUGUAUGGUACUGUGCUCGCUGUACCAGACAGAUGAAGAGAAUGGCUCAGAAGACACAAAAACCACCUCAGAAACCAGCUCCAGCAGUGGUUUCAGUUGAACCAGCUGUGAAGGAUCCAUUGAUCAAGAAAUCUGAAAUUAAAUUGAAACCUGAGACACAAACAACUUUUCUAGCAUUCAAGAGAACAGAAGUGAAGCCCUCAGCAGCAGUUUCGGGGAACUCAGCCAGUACAAGUGUUUCCUCUUCAGCAACCACCAGUGGCCUUACAGGAUGGGCUGCUUUUGCAGCCAGAAACUCCUCUACCAAUCCAUCAACUGCCAAACUGGGAUCAACAGCACAGAGCACCGGUGGGAAACCUGCAGCAGCUUCAAAUAACCAGAAACCUGUAGGUCUGUCAGGGUUGGCAGCUUCCAAAACAGGACUAGGGUCAAAAAUAGCUUCUGCUAACAAUAGCACAAGCCCUGUUCAGCUGAAACCACCUCCACCUCUGACAUUGGGGAAAACCACUCUUAGUCGUUCGGUAAGUAGUGACAAUGUUAGCAAAGUAGGUCUUCCUAGUCCCAGCAGCACUGCACCAAGCACCAGCAGUCAGGUGAGCAGUGGGAAUGGCAACAGUGGGACUGCAGGUAACAGUGGGGGCAAUGCAAGCAAAACCACAACAGAUGCCAGUAAUCAGUCAGCUUCUCUGAAAGGCCCAACUUCUCAGGAAUCUCAGCUCAAUGCAAUGAAGAGGCUACAAAUGGUCAAGAAGAAGGCUGCUCAAAAGAAGCUCAAGAAGUAGUACAGCUGCUUGCUGAUCUUGCUGGCUGUGAUCUGCAAAACAGCAGCAUUUAUCUUUCAGUUAAAGAAAAUCUCCAAGUUACUGGACUGAACCAGUAAUGAGGGAAGUCCCAAAUCUGUGCUAUACAGGAGGUAAAACUUAGGUAAUCCUAAUAUUCCUUCUGACUGUAUAAAUCUGAAAGCUCAAUAUGUUAGAGAAAUAUUCACUAUUAUAUGCUGUUGGUUUUUAGCUCAAAGCAAUGGAAUGUGAAAUUGUAAGCAUUGGGAAUUUUGGUGUAUUUAAGAGAACAAUUUGUGGACAAAUUGAACUUAAGCUGUCAUCCUUCAGGACUGUGAAUAAAAGUAUUAUUAAUCUGGGGAA